AGCAAAGAAAAGAACAAAUGCAUAUAAUGUCUACUUGUGGAGUUUUUUCACUGUCUCUGCAAUAUGCUGAGUGUUGGCAUUUUUUCUAAAUGACACAGUAUGGGAGCCGAUGUGAACCAGAAACCUUUCAGGGGCUUUGCGACAACUGCAUCAGUAAGGGAGGGCCACCUUGAGAUAUUGGAGAUCUUACUCAAAGCUGGGGCAUCUCAGGCGGCUUGCGAGGAGGCUCUGUUAGAGGCCAGCUGUCAUGGGCGUGCAAGACUUGUGGAGGUGCAAGACUUGAAAGGAAGCCCUUGUAGAGCUGAUGAGCUUUUCAAAAGUUCUUGCAAAACUUCUCGUCUUAAUAUUAUUGUUGUCGUUGUUGGUGGUGAACAUGCUGAGUGUGAGAUUGGCGAGGAACAUACAUGA